AUGGCCGUCUACAAGCUCGAUGGAUCUGGCCGGCUGCACCAGCGUAUCGCCAUCGUCACCGGGGCCUCGUCAGGCAUGGGUCGUGCCAUUGCGCUGGCUCUCGCCCGUGACGGUGCAGUUGUGGUCUGCUCGGAUUUGAGACCCGACGCCCGUCCAGAUGGCUUCGAGCCGGAUAUUCACAUUCCCACCCACGAGGUCCUCAUCAACAAUGGCGUCAAGUCGGUCUUCAAAAAAUGCGACAUGUCCAAGACUGAGGAGAUUUUCGACUUGAUCGAGUUUACCGUGAAGGAAUUCGGUAAGCUCGACAUCCUGGUCAACAAUGCCGCGCUGUGGAUGCCCCUGCGCGACUUUGUCGAAGAGACGGACGAGCAGUGGGACGCCAUGAUGGGCAUCAAUGGCAAAGGCGUGGCCACCUCGAUGCGACAGGCCAUCAAGCAAUUUCUCACCCAGCCCGUGGACAAGGUGUCGGGCUCGCGCGGACGCAUCAUCAACAUCUCAUCGUCGGCCGGGAUCACGGCUAUUCGGCGAGAGGCCACCUACGCUGCCAGCAAGGCGGCGGUGUCCAUGUUGACGCGCAACGUGGCCCUCGACCACGCCAAGGACUACAUCAACAUCAAUGCCGUGUGCCCCGGCGUGGUGCGCACUGGGGCUUCUGGCAUCAACUUCCGCAGCCCGGAAAUCAUCAAGGAGAUGCAAAAGGGGACCCCGUGGCCGAGACUGGGAGAGCCCGACGACAUUGCCAAGGUGGUUGUCUUUUUGGCCAGUGAUGACGCUCAAUGGGUGACUGGGCAGAACAUUGCGGUGGAUGGCGGCUUCACAGUGGGAAUUCCCCUGUGA